AUGAAUGAGGAUAUAGUGACAGGGAUACAGCUGAGCGCGGGCGUGGUGGUGUCCGGGGUGGGCGUGGGGGCGCGCGGGGAGCGUGAAGGUGCAGGGUGGUCGCAUGGGAGCCGUGGGCGUGGCCUGGUACGGGCGUGGAGGCGUGGUGUGGGCGUGUGUAUGGUGUUGGUGGCCGCCUCCUUCUCGUUCUUCCUCGUCUCCUCGCCACAGAGAACAGGACUCUACACCCGAGUCAUCUUCACCUUUCAUCAUGCCCCGGAAUAUAUCAUGGAUAUUAUGGUGCCUUCUAUCAACGCCUCAACGUCAUCAUCACCAUCAUCUCUCACAUCAAAAACAUCAGCAGGAAGAGGAGGAGGAGGGUCACAUGAUACAGAGAGAAGAAACACGGAAGGGGAGGAAGAGGAGCUGGAACAGAAGGGGUUCCUGGUCCACACCCCAGGCUGUAUCAUACCAGACUUCGACCCCUUCCAUCACACUAUCACCAGGUUCAUCUCCAACCCAAUCAAGCUUACAUGUAAGGGUCCACCAGCACUCACGUCAGCCAAGGGGACGACACUGUACUACCAUCGAGAGGUCCUGCACGACCACCUCGACCACUACCUCAACGUGUACGAGAGGCUCUCUGCCCCACCAACCACCACUAAAGCUUCCUCCCCAUCGUCAUCAUCGACACUCAACAUAUCAUCUAAAACAUCUCAUUCGGGAUUCUUUCGUGCGUCAUCAAUCCCCUCCUUCCCUAGAACACCUCCCACACCCCCUCCCAGUACGUCUACCGUCAACAGAGUGCCCCAUAUUGGAGACAUGGACGUGUACAUAGACUUUACCAGUAACACCAGCAGCUCGGAGGUGCCAGCGUCUUCGUCGUCGCGGCCAUCAGAAGUGAAGUGUUGCUACAGAGCCAUUUACCGCGUGGAACAACAGCCUCAUACGUAUAACGCCGCCGCAGAUGGCCGAUGGAGGUACAGUCAGUGGUGCGAGCCUCUGGCGGGACCCGAGACGACCAUCCGCGACGAAAGUGUCCUCGUCUACUGCAACAUGAGUGACAUCAUCGUCUACAAGAACGUCCACUACUUCAUCCAGAGACACAAACUACUCGCCACACCACCACCUAGGGGCUCCAACACCACCAUAGAUAUCAACCAGAAGAACAUUAUCACAGUAGCUGAACAACAAAACACCUCUACAUCAGCUAAUCAAGUAAACAUCACAGCAGCCGAUCAAUUAAACACCAUGACACCAUCCGAUAUCAAUAAUGAAAAUACCUCCAGUGUAAAUAAUUCUAAUCCCAGUUGCUGUUCCCCGAGGGUCAAGCCAGACCGAGACUCAAUAGAGAAAUUAAGUGUGAUCAUCUUCGGCACGGAUUCAGCGUCCCGUCUUAACAUGCAGCGCCACCUGCCCAAAACCUAUCGCUUCCUGACGAAGGAGUUGGGAGCCGUCGACCUAGCGGGCUUCAACAAGGUCGGCGACAACACCUUCCCUAACCUGAUCCCGGUGCUCAGUGGCCUCACUACCCAGGAGUUAGCCAAUCACACCUGCGUCCCCAAGAGAGAGAAGUACGAUGACUGCAACUGGGUCUGGAAGGACUUCAAGAAGAAUGGAUAUGUGACGGCUUAUAUGGAGGACUCGCCGUGGAUGGGAAUCUUCAACUACCUACACAACGGGUUCGUGACUCAGCCGACUGACUACUACGGCCGCCCCUUCUUCCUCGCCUCAGAGAAGGAGAUUGGUACCGCCAAGCACGGCAACUCUAACGUGUGCCAGGGUGACAAGUUCAGCAUUCAGGUCAUACAAGACUACUCCCUGGAGGUGGCGAGGACCUUCUUGGACACCCCAACCUUCGGCCUCUACUGGUCCGCUAGUCUGAGCCACGACUACAUCAACAUGCUGCGCCACGCCGAUAUCCCUCACCUCCACUACCUCCACCAGCUGCAGGAGGCCGGAGCACUCAACCACACGGCGCUCUUCUUCGUCAGCGACCAUGGGAUGAGGUGGGGCAGCAUCCGGUCCACCUAUGUCGGGAUGCUGGAAGAACGCUUACCUUACGUCCUGCUCUAUCUCCCGCCCUGGUUCAGAGACAAGUAUCACGCCGCCUUCAAGAACUUACAGACCAACACUCGAAGACUCACAGCCAACUAUGACCUAUACCAGACACUUCUUGAUAUUGCCUAUGGGAGUUUUGCCGAUUUAAGCUACGUAACCUCGAAGCCUCAGCCUGAUGCUAGAGGGAUUAGCAUCUUUCAGGAGAUACCUCGAGGCCGCACUUGUGCUGACGCAGGCAUCCCCGAGCACUUCUGUACCUGCCAGGACACUAAGGAGAUCCCCCUCCACGACCCCGUACUACACUUGGCCGCCGCCUUCCUCAAGGAGACACUCAACCAAGACCUCAGCCCCUACUCUAAGUGCAUCAAAUUCUCAAAGAUUCGGGUGUUGACGGGGCGGGUGUCAGGAUCCAACAAGCAGCUGGCACCUCAAGACACAAGCAGCGACGUGAGGAGCUACCUGCUGCAGGCCACACUGUCUCCUGGUAAUGUUAUGGUCGAGGCCACACUACGAUACAACCCCCAGCCCCAACUCUUCCAGGUGGCAGGGGAGGUGUCGAGGAUCAACGAGUACGGGCCGACCAGCAGCUGCCUCCACCACGACGUACUGAGGAAGUUCUGCUUCUGCAAGAACCAGCUGCACACCCUUAUCACCCACGGCCCGGGCUGAGAAACAACAUAAACAGCACCGAGAACAGCAGAAGCGACAAAUACAGCAACAGUUAUAGCAAUUACAAGUAACUCCAGCAGCAGUAUCUACAGAGAAAACAAAUUUUUACAGCGGUAACGUAAACGUCAACAGCAACAAAAAUAACUGCAGGUGCAGGAAUUUCAAAAAAAGCAAUUACAGUAACAGCAGCACCCACAUUGGUAAGAACACCGACACACUCCACAAUGGGCGCAACACCGACGGCAACACACUCCAAAAUGGGCACAGCACCAACAGCAACACACUCCACAAUGGGCACAGCACCGACGGCAACACACUCCACAAUGGGCACAGCACCAACAGCAACACACUCCACAAUGGGCACAGCACCGACGGCAACACACUCCACAAUGGGCACAGCACCAACAGCAACACACUCCACAUUGGGCAAGCACCGACAGCAACACACUCCACAAUGGGCACAGCACCGACAGCAACACAUUCCGCACAGCACCGACAGCAACA